AUGUCGGGUCCAGGAGGACUGAUACCACAAAUUGGCGAAGUGGUCUACGUGGACGAGGCGUCGGUCGUCCCUAUGACCAGUGCUGCUCUGAACACCGGGGUUGAAUCCUGCUCUUCCUCCUCGGUCACUAGAGGCUUGGCGUUAAACUCUCAGCAACUGAUUCGUCCCACUCGGCAGCACUUUUCCGAUACAGAAACUCGUCUCCUAGUCGACAUGGCCAUUGACAAUAGGGAGAUCCUACGGUCUCGGGAGGAGGGGAGUGUUGGUAGUAACCGCGGCAAGCACUUCGUUGAAGGUCUAUGCCUCCUCUCUUCAGCGCUGCGCGACCAGCUGUACCAGAACAUUGCAGCUGCGAUGUCUGGAUUGAACCCCAAGGCGAUCCCGAAGACUGCAGGGCAGAUACGUAAGAAGUUGGACCAAAUGAUAUCGAAGGCCAGGAAGCUCCUGGACGAGCACCAGGAGGUCGGCUUCAUCCGGCAGAAGGUCCCACCACCGCUGAUGAAACUCGCCAACGAAUACGUGCUGUGGUCGCAAAAGCACUGGCCUCGGUAUUCAGAGUUCCUCCCAUGGCAGGAUCAUGAUAACACUGUGCAAGGUCCGAAUGGAGCCUACAACCUGUCUCCAACGGCUCUGGUUCACCCCACUUUUAAGGACACACAAGCUCCUGGUACUGGCCCUCGAGGUCCGACUAUCAACACUCCUGGUGAUGGUAUGGAGGCCACAGUGACGGCUCUUCAGAAAGAGCUGGUUCGUCUGGACUGCGAGUUGCUGUCCGAGAAGAUUCUUCUGGUCAACGCGGAAGUGGUGAACUUGAAGAGUCAAAUAGCCAGGCGACGUCGACUGGGGAUUCCCGAGGCUCCAGACCCUGCGUUGGAGUUCGCGAAUACCUUUGGUGAGUGCCCCGAGUCCGCGUCAGUACUGACGGAAAGCGCUAUGGCGAAAGCUGUGCAAUUGGCGGCCAAAGCCGUGGAGGAGCUGCAAGAGCAGCAGGCUAAGAUGAAUGCUGCUGCCAUCGCUGCUGCUACCCAGGCGAGCCCGGCUGAUGGGAAAUCUGAGAAUGGGGACUCUUGUGGACCAGAAGUUACUGAAGAGCAUGAGAGGACCAGCAAUACGAUGACGCUACAAGGAACUGUCCAAGGAGUGAUCCUUCCAUGUAUGGCUAACAUCCUAGGGGUCCUCCUCUUCUUACGACUACCAUGGAUAGUUGGUCUAGCCGGUAUAUGGCAGAGCUUCGGGGCUGUCCUCUUGGGCUGCACCUGUACCUUCAUUACAAGCCUGUCCCUGUCGGCAGUAGCGACCAACGGCACGGUCAAAGCUGGCGGCAGUUACUAUCUAAUCUCUCGCUCACUUGGACCAGCUAUUGGUUCGGCAGUCGGCCUCAACUUUUUCUUGGCCAACGGCAUCGGCGCGGCCAUGUACAUCAUCGGUACAGUAGAGGCAUUCGAGACGGGAGCUCCCGGGGCUCAGCCGGCAGCCGUAGUUGCCAACGUUAGAAUCGCUGGCCUGAUAGUCCUGGCAGUUGCCGCGUUGGUUGUUGGUGCUGGUCUGAAGUAUGUCUCCAAGGCGGCAACGCUAUUUCUGGCCAUGGUCCUUCUCGUCAUACUGUGUAUGUGUUCCACUCACUCCCUCCGGGUUGUUUUUUCUCGUGUUAGGUAUGGCACUCGGGUGCUUUAUUGGUCCCACCGGUCUCACCCGCGAAAUCGACUUUGCCUAUCUACAAGACCCGGCCAACGCUGCAGCGGCACAGUCCUGAAUCAUACCUGGGUAAUCGAGCAGGGCUUCACAGGUGUGUCUAGCAGGUCGGCUCGUAAUGUGCAAUUCGAACCUCUUCGAGACACCAGUUCUGCCAGGCACUAUAGUGACAAUGCUGGCUCCGAAUAUGAUGCUUUCCAGACUGCCUUUCCACUGGACGCCGGGACUUCCUGGAGCUUCUUCGCUAUGGUAGCUCUUUGGUUCCCAGCAUGUACCGGGAUCAUGGCUGGCAGUAACCGCAGUAGCGAGCUGAAGGACCCGAAAAAGUCUAUCCCCACUGGCACUCUAUUUGCGCAGCUGAGCACGUCCGUUAUCUACCUCGUCUUCUGCUUCCUGUACGGGGCAUCGGCCGAUCGGAAGCUCCUCUUGCACGAUCGCUUCUUCGCGAGUCGGUCACUCAUGGGAGGCCUCCGGGAUCAGCUUUUCUGCCAGGCACUAGUGCGCACACUAGGGGCGGCCCUGCAGUCUCUCACGUCAGCGACGAGGCUCCUCACCGCGAUCGCUACCGAUGGUAUGCUGGCACCGUUCUUGAACAUCUUCUGUCAACGCGAUGGGAAGGAGCCCUACCCUUCCCUCGCACUCGCCACUGUGAUCUGCAUGUGUGCGAUACUGAUAGGCGAGAUCAAUGCCAUAGCGCCCAUUCUCACCAUGUGCUUCCUCAUGUGUUACCUCUGUGUCAACAUAAGUUGCUGCCUACUGCACCUACUCGGUGAUCCAGACUGGCGGCCUUCAUUCCGCUACUAUCACUGGACUGUUUCCCUCAUUGGCGCAAUACAGUGUGUGGUGUUGAUGGUGGCGAUCUCCUGGUUGGCUGCUAUCAUCGCCUUUGCAUUCGCUGGAUGCGUUUACAUGUUGGCUCAUCAUAAUGCUCGAAACUCUAGCGGCGGGGACAUCCUUCAGGGACUUCGAUACCGUAUCGCACGGAACACCUUGAGUUGGAUGAACAGUGACACUUCGAAUGCCGAGGCCUGGAGGCCCCAGCUUCUCGUCCUUACCGGUGUCACCGUGGACCAUCCCGAGGCAGGCUCUGAGGGAUCCGGCGUGGAGCUGCAUCACAUUCACUUAGUCCACCUCGCCAACCAAUGUUUACUGCAGACCUCAGGUCUUGGCGCAUUCGAGCCUAAUGCCGUGCUCGCUAGCUGGCCUCUCCUCUGGCUGGCCGAUACUGAGAUCAGGUGUGUGCUGGCAUACACCUUCAUGCAGUUCAUGCUCAACUGCGAGGUCCUCAAGAAGACUGUUAUUCUGGCUAAGAACUUCGAGGGCCUACAGCUCAACGAUAAGCAGGUAGCAAGCCCCAUCGGCCGAUGGCCCGGUAUGGCCACUCAGCCCUCAGGGACUACCAUGGACGUUUGGUGGAACAUCGGCGACGGCGGCUGGGGUGUCAUGCUCGCCUACCUAUUCCGUAAACACCCGGUAUGGCGUGAUUGCAGAAUACGGGUAUUCCACAUAGUCGACAGUCUCACCGAGCAGGAGGCUGAAGCCGACUUGGGCGCAGUUAGAUUGACGAUUCAGGAGUGGCUCAAACAUAACAGGCUUGACAAUUUCAUUUCUGACGUUCAAGUUAUCAAUGUGCGCCGUCGCCGGCAUGAAUGGCGUGGACCGUUGAGCAGGUCGAAUUUGGAGGCGCAGAAUGGUCCUCCCAAGCCACCGUGA